AAACAAAACUUACCUGCCCUGUAAUGCCAGUAAUCAAAGCAACUUUCUCAUUUUCAGAAGUCAUCUUGCCAACUCCAGUAGGUGAUUAAGCGUCAGCUGUUAGUGCCACAUACAAUGCUUAUCACAAAGUAAUUACUCAAAGCGUUUAAAUGUGGCCGCCAAUGUUUACGGUUUUUCUGCCCUUGGUCGUGUCAAUUGUUCUUGUUCACGGUCAAGCAUAUGAGAACACUCGAUGUAUUUGCGGAUGUCCCAGUAUUGCGCUGGUAACAAACAGUACAGAUGUCACGUUGAACACUCGUAAUUUUCAUAUCGCUAAUGUGCCACCAAAUAAAUGUAACUGCGAUGGGGUGAUCGUGCCAAAGCUCGGUGACAAGAUCAAAGGACGAGAGAACGAGUUCUGCCCCCGUUGCGAAUGUAAAUAUGAGCAUCGUAACGUUACCAUUAUUAAAGUUGUGGUCAUAAUCGUUAUAUGGGUUAUUUCGAUCCUGGUAAUAUAUAUGGCUUUCUUGAUUAUCUUGGAUCCGCUAUUGAAUAAACGCGCCAAAGGAAAUUAUCAAGAACAUACAAAUGAAGAGGAUGAAACGGCAGCUGGUGUGGGGGGUCCUAUGUCUCAUAAUAUGAGUGUACGAGGGAAUGUAUUGAAUAGAGUUGGACAUCAACAAGACAAAUGGAAACGGCAGGUUAAAGAACAACGACGUAAUAUUUAUGAUCGUCAUACUAUGCUUAAUUGAACAGUCUAAUACAUGUAUAGCCUAGUGUAAGGUACUUGUUUUAAUCUUAUUUUAUUGUAUCUACAUAUUGUAAAUAUACGUACUUUUUAACUUUA